UCAGUCCCGGCCGCUCUGAGGAGCCUGCCGCCUCCCGUCACCGUGGGUGUAUUGCAUGCCCCAAGACCACUGCAUACAAGUAAACAGCAUUUGGCUCCUUUGCCACCUCUGCCUGAGAAAGGAGGAGAAGUGCGUUAUGGUUUGAUCCCUGAGGAGUUUUUCCAGUUCCUGUAUCCUAAAACAGGAGUUACAGGGCCUUACAUGCUUGGAACUGGACUCAUACUGUACUUUCUUUCGAAGGAAAUCUAUGUAGUCAACCACGAGACAGUUGCAGCCAUCUGCAUAUUAUCAGUCAUCAUUUAUGCUGUAAAGAAAUUUGGGCCUGAUGUAGCAGCUUUUGCGGACAAACUUAAUGAGGAGAAAGUUGCUAAAGCUCAAGCUGUGAAAAACGAAUCUAUUGAAGGUCUUGAGGCUGCCAUUGAACAGGAGAAGAAGGAGCAGUGGCGCGUUGAAGGCCGCAGUUACCUCUUUGACGCGAAGCGGAAUAAUAUUGCAAUGUUGCUGGAAACUAAUUACCGAGAGAGAUUACUGAUGGUGUACAAUGAAGUGAAGAAAAGGCUGGACUAUCAAGUGGCUAUGCAGAAUUUAAAGCGUCAGAAAGAACAAGAACACAUGAUUCAGUGGGUGGAGAAAAGCGUUGUUCAGAGCAUCACGCCUCAACAGCAGAAGGAGAGUAUUUCAAAAUGCAUUUUGGACCUGAAGGCGUUAUCAAAGAGUGCCCAGGCAACAGUGUAA